GAGAAAUGAGGCCUCCUAUCAAGCCAAUCUCCUCAACCUCAUCAAAACCAUCCCUUAGGCCACCUUCAUUUUUUGUUCUGAUAGUUAUUGUACCUUUGAUUCUAAUAUCAGUAGUUGUAUUAACCCUAAUUCCUGAAGGCUCUUCUUGGUCUUCUUUGCCUUCUCCAGAUACAUGGAGGGUUGGGUUCUUUAGUUCCCAUCCUUCACUUUCUGCAAGUUACACUACCGUCAACAGCUCCUAUGCCGGUAGUUCGAUUGUGAAAGAAAGGAGUCCAUUAGGACGGGAGCAAGAAACGUCGAAUGUUAAAGAAUCUGAUGAAGGUGUUAUUAAUGCCACAGUGAAAGUUGUCAAGAGAUACAGUAGGUUAGAGAAAUUGGAAGCAAGUUUGGCUAGAGUCAGGUCUUCAAUAAGAGAAGCUGCUCAGGUCCGGAACCUAUCAUCUGUCCACGACGAUCCAGACUAUGUGCCUCAAGGUCCUGUCUAUAGAAAUGCCAAUGCCUUCCAUAGGAGUUAUUUGGAAAUGGAGAAGCAAUUCAAGAUAUAUGUAUAUGAAGAAGGGGGACCUCCAAUGUAUCAUGAUGGUCCAUGCAAGAGCAUAUAUUCUUCAGAGGGUAGAUUCAUCCAUGAGUUGGAAAAGGGCAAAUUAUACAGGACUCUAGACCCAGAUGAGGCUCUGGUUUAUUUCCUGCCAUUUAGUGUAGUGAUGAUGGUUGAGUACCUAUACGUGCCUGACUCCCAUGAAACUAAUGCCAUUGGACGUGCUAUUGUGGACUACAUCCAUGUCAUUUCUAAUAAACAUCCAUUUUGGAAUCGAAGCCUUGGUGCUGACCAUUUCAUGCUCUCUUGCCAUGACUGGGGGCCACGUGCAUCUUCUUAUGUUCCUCAUUUGUUCAACAGUUCUAUAAGAGUUCUAUGCAAUGCAAAUACUUCUGAAGGAUUCAACCCUUCAAAAGAUGCCUCAUUUCCAGAAAUACAUCUUAAAACAGGGGAAAUUUCAGGACUUCUAGGCGGUGUCUCUCCUUCUCGGAGAUCAAUCCUGGCCUUUUUCGCCGGCCGACUGCACGGCCACAUCAGGCAAAUAUUAUUAGAACAAUGGAAGAACAAAGACGAAGAUGUCCAAGUAUAUGACCAAAUGCCUAAUGGCGUGUCGUAUGAAUCAAUGUUAAAAACGAGCAGGUUUUGCUUAUGCCCUAGUGGAUACGAAGUGGCAAGCCCAAGAAUAGUGGAAGCAAUCUAUACAGAAUGUGUCCCUGUCUUGAUUUCGGACAAUUACGUUCCACCCUUUAGUGAUGUCUUAAAUUGGAAGGCAUUUUCAGUGCAAAUACAAGUGAGAGAUAUACCCAAAAUUAAGGAAAUACUAAUGGGUAUUUCUCAAAGGCAGUACUUGAGAAUGCAAAGAAGACUGAAGCAAGUGCAAAGGCAUUUUGUGGUGAAUGGACCUCCUAAGAGAUUUGAUAUGUUCCAUAUGACCAUUCACUCAAUUUGGCUUAGGAGAUUGAACAUUCACAUUCAGGAUCUUUCCAAUUAACUUCGUGAUGGUUAAACAUAUUGAAUGUAGUGACCAUCAAAACAUUUUUUUUUUCUUUUCUUUUUGAUUUUUUAUUAAGUAAUUAUCAGAGUAGUCUGAUAAAAUCUUAAUCGGCAGAAUAGUUAUUGAGAAUGUCUAGAUAGUAGAAAAUACUUGUUGAGUUUGACACUUAUUGGAGAAUUGUGCCAAGUAAUGGAUGGUUAAGUGUAGUUUGUUGAUUUAGUUCAAGGAAAUGGAUUGUUUUAUUUUAACCAGAAUAUGAUUAGUAUAUAUUAGUUGUUAAUGUUAGAGAGAAUGAAAAUUUUUUGAGCGGUUCAUU